GGGAAGACUGAGGUAUAUAAUGAGAGAGGCAAGUGGCUCAAGAUAUUUGUCCGUCGCGAGCAUUGGAGUGUAACAAGUGGUUUAAGAUUUUUCCUCAACUGACCACAAGAGGCUUCCACCACCCAGUGCUUCUGUGGCUUGCCCAGGUGAAAGAAGAGGAGAAAAGUGUACAAAAUCGUGCCUCAAAAAGAUCUAUUUGCAAUAAGAUCAAUCCAACCGGAAGGAAGGUCACUAUCGAAUCAACCUACAGAGCUCAACGAUGCCUGGCGUGUUCAAGUACAAAUUGGGAAUCAAUGAAUUCUCAUCAAAUGGAUCAAAUUUGCUAAAGUCCCUUCUGGCAGAAUUUACUGGAAUUUUUUUGCUGAAUCUCUUUGGAAUUUUCUCCUGCCUCCAUGGAACACCCACAAUGAUCUCAUUCACAUUUGGCCUGAUUGUCUUCAUGGUGGUUGCGUCUCUGGGGCACGUUUCUGGAGCUCACAUCAAUCCCGCUGUCACGGCAGGACUCUUGGCCGUUGGGAAAAUCUCCUUUGUCAGGGCACUCCUCUACGUUAUCUCUCAAUGUGCAGGAGCAGUUGCUGGAACUGCCUGCCUCAAGGCUCUCGUACCCGAAGCCCAACAGAGCAAUCUUGGCAUGACCAUGUUGGCCGAGAAUAUACUUCCAAUGCAGGGAUUGGGUCUGGAGUUCUUCCUGGGAUUUGUUCUUGUCCUCACAGUUUUCGGUGUGAUCGAUGAGAACAAACCUGACUCAAAGUACUUGGCUCCUCUGGCCAUUGGAAUGACUGUGACCUUCGGGCACUUGGCUGGAAUCAGGUUCACAGGAGCCAGCAUGAAUCCCGCCAGGACUUUUGGAUCAGCUGUUAUAUCGGGGAUUUGGGAUAAUCAUUGGAUUUACUGGGUUGGUCCAAUUCUCGGUGGCGUAGGUGCGUCAUUGCUGUACGUGCAGGCCUUUGUGGCCCCAGAGCCAGAGGUUGACCUAGCUGAGAGGUACAGGACUCAUGCGGAUGAGAAGGAGAUGGCUAGGUUAGAUGCAAAGCGAGAUUUGGCCUAAUGAUGCCAAGGAAGAUUUCUCCUCUCCGAGAUCUCAAGCAUCCACCUCUUCUGCCAAGACAUCUCUGCCCCCUACUCUCAUCCCAAUUUGCGCCGGCUUUUUUUUUGCAGUGUAAAUAGAAUUAUCUGCCCUUUAUUUACUCUUUCACAAAUUACAAUUUAUUAUUUUUUUUAAUGAGUCUGUGACUCAGUUUUCCGAGGCAUUUGCGCGCGAAAAUCAAUAAAAAAGCGUUUAUUUUUUUGGUAAUUUUUUCAAUUGUAUUUUAUUAUUUCUCAACAGUAUACACUUCUUAAAAUGUAUGUAAUCAUUAGCGAAUAUAACAUACUGCAUUUUAAUAAUA